GCUGGUUUUAUUUUGAAGGCAGUUCCGCAUCGUUUCCGGUGCGAUCGUGUUUGAAUGCGCGCAGCUUCACGCAGCUUCACGCCCGCAGAGCAGCGGCGCACUGAGGGAGCGUUUCAUAACAAACUUCCAUGAACUUUCUGCGUUUUCAUCUCCUGCGGGAACAAAAACACGACUCCUAUCAGUUUUCAAACUGUUGGUUUUUGAUCCGCUCCUCUGAGACGGAUCCUCCUCUGUGAAAUUAGCGUUUUUAACUCCGAAUCUGCCUCCAAUCUCGCGCUUUUCUCCGGUGGAAAUCCUGUUUGUCCAGCUGGAAAUGAGGCUUCAGUGAAGGAGGGGAGACCGAGCCGAGCCGAGCCAACCCGGUUAACGCGAAUGACGGUUCAAAAGAUCCACAUACAGAAACAAUGAGAAGAUGAAGCCGGUUCUGUGGAUUCUGCUGUUUUUCCUACGGAGUCAUGAAGGGACGUGUGGAGCUGGUGUGUUGUUCACGAAGCAUCCGUCCAAUCAGACGGUGUCUCAGGGGAACGCGGCGAGGCUGGGCUGUGCGGUUCAGGGUCUGACGGAGCCGGACAUCGUGUGGAUGAAGGACGGAGAGAAGCUCUACAGCACCGACCAGAUGUUCAUCACACUGGGAGAGCAGCACUGGGAGACCUACCACAGUGUGAAGUCGGUCCAGCAGCAGGAUGCGGGUCAGUACUGGUGUGAGGUUGAGUUCCACGGCCUGACGUUCUCCUCUGAACGGGCCUGGAUCACAGUGGAAGGCGUCCCUCACUUCGUCCAGGAGCCGCAGGACGUGGCCACGCUCCCCAACGUUCCCUUCAACCUCACCUGCGCUGCCGUCGGCCCCCCCGAGCCCGUGGAGGUGCUGUGGUGGCUGGGGGGGGUCCAGGAGGGACAGCCCAGACCGUCCCCCUCCGUCCUUCACGUCCAAGGAGCGAACGGCAGCGUGAAGUUUUACUGUGAAGCGAAGAACGCCAGAGGAAUCUCCGUCUCUAGAACCGGCACAGUUCACAUUAAAGUGUUGCCGGCGGCUCCGGUCGGGCUGCAGGUCCUGAGGAUGGUAGACAACAACGUCACGUUGUCAUGGAAACCAGGAUUCACAGGACACUCUGAGCUGUCCACCUGCAUCGUCCAGCUGUCGAGGCGUUCAGUCCGGAGGUGGGACCUCCCUCAGCAGGAGGUUCUGGUUCCUCCUCACCUUCAGGUCCUGUCGGGUCUGAGGAGUCACUCGAACUACAGCGUCAGAGUCUCCUGUGUUAACGAGGUGGGGGCGUCGCCCUUCUGUCCCUGGCUGCACUUCCAGACACCUGAGUCAGUCCCCUCGGCGGCCCCCAGGAACCUGACGUUUGAGCUGUCGGAGCGGCUUCUGUCUCUGAACUGGGCCAAGCUGCAGGAGGAGGAGCUUCAGGGGAAACUGUUGGCCUACAAGGUGCAGUGGACUCUGGGAGGAGAACCACAGGAGCCUCUGCUGUUUAAGGAGACGCCGGCCCAGCUGUCGGGAGGAGGACGCUUCUUUAACGCCUCCUUCCAGGUGUCGGCCUGCACCGCUGUGGGCUGUGGCCCCUGGAGCCCCCCGGUGCUGGUGCUGCCCGCCUCAGCGCAGGUCCAGGUCCAGCGGAGCCACAUGUGGGUCGGCCUGCUGCUCGGCCUGCUGGUGGCCACCGUGGUCGGCCUGAUGCUCGCCGUCCUCGCUCACCGCCGCGGAAAAGAGACGCAGUUUGGCUGGGCCUUUAAGCCUCCAGGUCCCGAGAGUUCGGUCUCCUUCACGGCGGCUCGGUCCUUCAGCAGAACCUGCGCUGAGCUGCACGAGUCCACACUGGACAGUCUCGGUAUAAACGAUGACCUGAAGAACAAACUGCAGGACGUUCUGAUCCCAGAGAGGCUGCUCACACUGGGACACAUGCUGGGGAAAGGUGAGUUCGGCUCAGUGCGCGAGGCGCUUCUGAAGACGGAGGACUCGUCCGUCCAGAAGGUGGCGGUCAAAGUGCUGAAAUCUGACAUCACUUCGACAGGUGACAUUGAGCAGUGUCUGAAGGAGGCGGCCUACAUGAAGGACUUCCACCACCCCAACGUCAUCCAGCUCAUCGGAGUGAGUCUUCACCGGCGUCCUGGCCAGCGGCUGCCGAUCCCGAUGGUGAUUCUUCCCUUCAUGAAGCACGGAGAUCUGCACACCUUCCUGCUGCUGUCCAGACUGGGAGAACAUCCAUUUGACCAGUCUCUGCAGACCCUGCUGCAGUUCAUGUUGGACAUCUCUCGGGGGAUGGAGUAUCUGAGCAGCAGGAACAUCAUCCACAGAGACCUCGCUGCCCGAAACUGCAUGCUGAAUGAGAACAUGACGGUGUGUGUUGCAGACUUCGGUCUCUCUAAGAAGAUCUACAGCGGAGAUUAUUACAGACAGGGAUCAGUUUCUAAGCUGCCCGUGAAGUGGAUCGCUCUGGAGAGUCUCGCUGACAACGUGUACACCACACAGAGCGACGUGUGGGCGUUUGGCGUGACGAUGUGGGAGAUCAUGACUCGUGGUCAGACUCCGUACCCCGGCGUGGAGAACUCUGAGAUCUACGAGUAUCUGAUCAAAGGAGAACGACUGAAGAAACCCCCAGACUGCAGAGACGACAUUUAUGAGAUCAUGCACAGCUGCUGGAGUCCCGUCCCUAAAUGUCGUCCCAGUUUCCAGCAUCUGGUCGUCCAGCUGGAGGCGCUGCGGCUCGGCCUGUCCCCCGCCCCCCCGCCGACGGAGCCGUUACUCUAUGUCAACCUGGAUGGGGACGAGGGGGAGCCGGGCCGAGGGGGGGCGGCCGGAGUCGGGGCCCCUGGGCCGAGGGAGGCGACGGCAGCCGGGGCCCCGAGCUGGAGCGUCCCGUGGCAGCGCAGGGCCGACGGCGACGAGGACUGGCUGAUAGUGGGGUCAGGGGCCGCGCUGGCCAUCGGAGGGGACUACAGAUACAUCAUCGGCCCCUGUGGACCCCCCGAGGAUGACGGGGGGGAGGGGGAAGGAGGCGAGAGGAGGCGGGGGGAGUCUAUGGACACUUUACAGGAGGAGGUCAGAGACGAAGAGGACGAUGUCAUCAUUAAUGUCUGACCAGACACUGACCAAUCACAGCGCUCCUCCUCUCACCUGAUUGGACCUCUACCGGAGCUCGAUAGUCAGCUGAUCAGAGAGACGCUCACUUUCAGGCACUGAGCAGCAGCAGGCGGGUGGAGACUGAACGCAGACUGAGUCUGUCUGAAGGUACAAACUGUCUCCCUGCCGCUGAAAACACACACACAUCCUUGUACUUCUAUCUUUGUGAGGACCGUCAUUGACAUAAUGCAUUCCCUGACCCCAGUCUGCCCUGACCCUGACCCCAGUCUG